GUGUCAUGGCGGCAAAUCAAAUGUCAAAAGUACGUCAAAUUCGCAAACACGUGGGAAUUCAAUUAUAAUUAAUUUUAACAUAAUUCUACGUUCAGACACAGUUACUUUUCUCAAUAAAUCAAGAUGCCUAAAGUACGUUCCACGGGGGGCCCGCCCCGGAAACAGGGCUUUAACAAAUCCAACCAUUCCAUGAACCCUGAACGACCAACUGAAGGACUCAAGGGCGUCGCGAAAGUGCGUUCAAAAGCCACCAUCAAGCGGUUGCAAAUGUACAGAAAUUUCAAACCAAAACGUGACAGAACUGGAAAGAUUAUAACCCCUGCGCCCUUCCAAGGGUGGCUGGCAUCAGGCACUCAAGCUAGAGUGGAACCUAAUCAGAAGUGGUUUGGGAACAGCCGUGUCAUUUCUCAAAACGCCCUCCAAAAGUUUCAAACAGAAUUAGGGGCUGCUGUGAAGAAUCCUUACCAGAUGGUCAUGAAACCAACCACUCUCCCUAUUACCUUGUUAAAUGAAAAGGCUAAAAAUGCAAGGGUGCAUUUAUUGGAUACAGAAAGCUUUGAAAGUGUUUUUGGGCCAAAGAAGAGUAGGAAGAGGCCGAAUAUUGCAGUUAGGGGGGUGGAGGAGCUGUCACAGGCAGUUCAAGAGAAACAAGAAAAGUACAGUAAUGAGAAAGAUUCAAAUAUUGUGAGGGAUGAUGAAGGGGUCAGGGAUUUACCAAGAGAUUGGGUAAUGGCAGCUGGACAAUCCAAAAGAAUCUGGAAUGAACUAUACAAAGUAGUUGAUAGUAGUGAUGUUUUAUUACAAGUUUUAGAUGCCAGAGACCCCAUGGGCACCAGAUCUUCGUACUUAGAGAAGUAUUUAAGAACUGAAAAACCCCACAAGCACUUGAUUUUUAUUUUAAAUAAAGUUGAUUUGGUACCAACUUGGGCUACUCAGAGAUGGGUAGCUAUUUUGAGUAAAGAAUAUCCAACAAUUGCGUUUCAUGCCAGUAUAAUGCAUCCAUUUGGAAAAGGAGCUUUAAUCAACAUUUUGAGACAGUUUGCAAAACUCCACAUAGACAAGAAACAAAUCUCUGUAGGUUUAAUUGGUUACCCUAAUGUAGGCAAAUCAUCAAUUAUAAACACCUUAAGGAGCAAAAAAGUUUGUAAGGUGGCCCCAAUCGCCGGAGAAACUAAAGUCUGGCAGUACAUCACUUUAAUGAGAAGAAUUUACUUAAUUGAUUGUCCUGGAGUUGUUUACCCAUCUGCUGAAACAGACACUGAAAAAGUGCUAAAAGGAGUUGUAAGGGUAGAACUUGUGAAUAAUCCUGAAGACUAUAUUGCCUCUGUUUUGGAACGAGUUAGAAGAGAUUAUCUUAUUAAAACUUACAAAGUUGAAGACUGGACUACUGCUACUGAGUUUUUGGAAAAAAUGGCCCAUAGGUCUGGAAAGUUGUUGAAAAAGGGUGAACCAGACAUAUCAAUUGUUGCAAGGAUGGUGUUGAAUGAUUGGCAAAGAGGGAAAUUGCCGUUCUACGUCAGUCCACCAGGGUUUGAAGACCCAUUAACCCCAAAAGAAGAAAAUAACGUCAACGUUGUACAAGACUUUAGUAAAAUUAGGGUUGGUUUAAGUUAUGAGGGAGCAGAUGUGAAGGACUUACAACCAAUUAAAAAUAUUGAAAAAGCGGUUGAUGAAAGUAAUGAAGCUGAGGAGGAAGAUGGUGACAAUAACGACAACACAAACAUUUCUAUUAAAAGUGAAAACAAACAAAGUGAAGAUGAUGGAAUGGAAUCUGAUGCGUCUUCAGUCAGUGACGUUUAUUCUGACAUGGAGCCAAGAGAGAAAGAAUAUGCGGCGUCUGCAAGCGGACCGUUUGCUGUGGAAGACAUUUCAACCACCAAAACGAAGAAAAAGAAGACGAAACCUGGCGAUUCUGUACCUGUGGUUAAAAAAUUGACAAGCAAGCAGAAGAGAGCGGUUGAGAGGUCGCAAAAACGCAAGAAAAUCGGGAGCAACUUCUAUGAAGUGGCCAAUGUUAAAAACAGGAGUUAUAGACCCAAACACGUCAAAAACACUAAAGUGUAAUUAUUUAUUUCAAGUUGUAAUAAAUUUUCAAAUGUA